CAAAAACGUGACGAGUCACAAAGCAUCUUGUUAUCUCCCGGCAUCCUUCCAGCCCCGCUGGCGGCCAGUCCUUCCCCAUUCGCCAUGCGCCUUCGCCAUGCACUAGCGGCACCCACGCUACAAGGCGGCAUUCAUCCGAAGUCUGACAGCCCUGAAGUCUUCCAUUAUGCCGCUUCCAGAAGGCGGUCCAUUGAGCGAGCGAGCAAGCUCGCACUCCACCAUUUUCAUGUGCGCGUGACAAGGUUCAGUAGGUAUCGCAGCCCUCGUCCGCAUUCAUGUGCAUCCGUGUGCGGGUGGGUGUCUAGCUAUGGUAUAUAUAUUGGCAUCGCGCGCCUCAGAGGCGCCUAUGUUCGCCCGCCGAGUCCUCACCUGUUCUGCUUACCUUAGAUCGCAAGGACAGCACACUGCGACAUAGCAGUAGAGCCUCAACCGAGCAUGGAGAAAUCAGGCCCCGAAUGGUCGGCUUCCAGCCCGACCGAGCUGCCUCAGUAUGACGACUCUAACACCAGCUCGUCGCGAGGUUUCGCUGGACGCUUCAUCGACAGCUUCAAGCGGGAUCCCAAUGCGCAUAUGACCCCGAAGCGCUCGGACAGCGUCAGCGGUCGAGCUUACGACCCGGAGAGCGCUGCUGCCGGCACCGCCUCAUCUCCGCUGCAGAGAUCAUUGAAGGGCAGACAUCUGCAGAUGAUUGCCAUUGGUGGUUCGAUCGGAACUGGUCUCUUCGUCGGCUCCGGCUCCGCACUCGCCACGGGUGGCCCAGCGUCGCUCCUUAUCGCCUUCGGACUCAUCGGUAUCAUGUUGUUCUGCACGGUUCACGCUCUCGGCGAGAUGGCCGUCUUGUUCCCGGUCGCUGGAUCCUUCUCCGCUUACUCGACUCGUUUCAUCGACCCGGCUUGGGGUUUCGCCAUGGGAUGGAAUUACGCUUUGCAGUGGCUCGUUGUCCUGCCGCUUGAAAUCGUCGCCGCCUGCUUGACCAUUCAGUACUGGGAACAAGGCAAGAGCCCGAUCAAUCCAGACGCCUGGGUGGCCAUCUUCUUGGCUCUGAUUAUCGCUAUCAACUUGUUCGGCGUCAAAGGAUAUGGUGAGGCCGAGUUCGUUUUCUCGAUCAUCAAAGUCAUUGCUGUCGUCGGCUACAUCAUCUUGGGCAUCAUUCUCGCGGCCGGUGGCGGCCCUCAAGGCGGAUACAUUGGAGGCCGAGAGUGGGCCAACGGCGGCGCCUUCAAGAAUGGUUUCAAGGGUCUGUGUUCAGUGUUUGUCACCGCUGCAUUCUCUUUCUCCGGAACAGAGCUUGUUGGUCUUGCUGCUGCCGAGACGGCGAACCCACGCAAAUCUCUUCCCACGGCUGUGAAGCAAGUAUUUUGGCGUAUCACGCUAUUCUACAUUGUCUCGCUCACCCUCGUUGGCCUCUUGGUCAAUGCCGACAACCCGCGUCUCAUCAACGGCGGUGGCAGCUGGGACGCGACGGCCUCGCCCUUCGUUAUCUCCAUCGAGAAUGCCGGAAUCUCCGUCCUCCCGUCCAUUUUCAACGUGGUCAUUCUAAUUGCCGUGUUGUCUGUGGGCAACUCGUCCAUUUACGGAAGUUCACGUACGCUCGCUGCGCUUGCCGACCAAGGCCAGGCGCCCAAAAUCUUGGGCUACGUCGAUCGCAAGGGUCGCCCCAUCGUGUCAAUCGCAGUUGCAUCCGCCCUCGGCCUUCUCGCCUUCUUCGCCGGAUCUGACAAGCGAAAGGAUGCGUUCAACUGGAUGCUUGCCCUUUCCGGUCUGUCGGUCAUUCUUACCUGGACGAGCAUUUGUUUCGCACACAUUCGCUUCCGUCGUGCUUGGGCCAAGCAGGGUCACAGCCUCAGCGAGCUGGCUUUCCGCAGCCAGGCUGGCUUGCUCGGCUCAUAUCUGGGCUUCAUCUUCAACAUUUUGGUGUUGAUGGCUCAAUUCUGGACAGGCGCAUGGCCCGUUGGGUACGGUGAAUUGGGUCCCGAGGGUCAAGCCGAAAGUUUCUUCCAGGCAUACCUUGCUGCACCCAUCGUCAUCGUCUUCUACCUGGGCUGGAAACUUUGGUUCAGGACGUCGUUCGUGCGCAGUCACAAUGCCGACCUCCACACUGGUGUCCGUGAUCUUAACCUCGCGGAACUGAUCGCUGAAGAGAAGGCCGAGCAAGCGACGUGGCCAGCGUGGAAGCGCUUCUAUAAGUUUUUCUGCUAGUGCGGUGUUGUAGUAGUAGAACACCUGAGACGUGCUUUUUAUCGGCGAUGAUGAUUACGAUCAUGACAAUGAAAAUUCUCCAGCUCUUCAAAUUUCCGCUUGAACGUGUUUUGUUUACAUCCAUGAAUAAUCAAAAACCGAUAUCGCCCCUGCAAAAUGCUAGACUCAACAGGCUUCCGUGGUGCACUGCCACGUGCCCAAUGCCAUGCGGACGAGCUGUCAUGUCAGAUGGAUUGCUACGUUAAAACCCAUCGCUCGGACUUUCCUACAAUCGAGUGAAUGCCCUCGCUUUUCCACGUGGCUUUGCACGGGAUCGAGAACGGCGGCAUGGUCAGUUCAUGAGAAGUGAACAGUGUUCAGGAGUGUCGAAACUUUUCACAUGUACGAAGCAUGAAGCAAUU